UCAUGCUACUUGCAAGCAGCGCAUUUGGAGGAGCCCCAGCAAUUUUCACGGAGGAUGAACGAACCGUAUAGCCCUGAGGCUCCCCGUCCCAUCAGCAGCACAUCUCCUGGCACCAUGAAAAUGUUCAUGGGCUUCCUCACUGUAUUUAUGGUAGUGCAGAUCAUUGGGACUGUGCUCUUCUGUUUGUAUCUUCACAUGAGGAUAGAUAAGAUGGAAGAGGUGUUGAGCUUAAAUGAAGAUUAUAUCUUCCUGAAGAAAGUACAGAAAUGUCAGACAGCAGAAGGUCAGAAGUCAACAUUAUUGGACUGUGAAAAGGUUAUAAAGGGCUUCCAGAACAUCCAGUGCAAGGACAGACCCCCCAAGGAGCAGCCUAAAUUUGAAAUGCAGAGAGGUCCUGAGCACCAUGAGCAUCCUCAUUUGAUGCGCAAGAAUGAGACAUCUGUGGCAGCAGAGAAGAGGGAGCCAAUUGCAGUUCACCUGGCAGGUCAGCAGAGCAACAAGGCAGGCUCAGUGCUGGAGUGGAGGGAGACCAUGUAUGGCCCCACAAACAGCUUGAUAUCCAACAAGGAAGGGAAACUGAAGGUGGAGGAAGCAGGGCUCUACUACAUCUACUCCCAAGUCAGCUUCUGCACCACGGAAGUGUCUUUGGCACCCUUCACCCUCUAUAUUUAUUUACAUAUCCCCAAGGAAGUGGACCGGCUCUUGCUGAAAGGACAAAAGACACAGAGCUCUUUGAAGACACAUGAAAAAGGACACUUGAAGACCCUCUGUGAACUCCAGUCCAUCCGUGUGGGAGGUGUCUUCAACCUCCGGGAAGAUGACAUGGUCUUUGUCAAUGUGACAGACUCCACAAAAGUGCAGUACAGCCAUGGCAACACCUACUUUGGCAUCUUCAAGCUGUAGUGAGGAAAGGGCUGUCCUGAGCUGGGAAUCCAGCCCAACUUUCUUGGACAAAGUGCCUUUCCCUUUUUCCCUUAUUUAUGUUCCUCUGCCGCUCUGUUUUUCUUGUUUCUUAAUUUGUAUAUUUUGUUAUUUAUUAAUGAGGGUCAAGGGGCCCUGAGAACACAAAUGGAACAAAGUUUGGAGUUGUUAUUAUUUGCUUUCAGUUUUUAUUCUUUCAUAGCCAGUGAUUCGGUACAUGCUGGUGUUGUGUGUCUGGGUCCACCACACACCACUUUCCUGGCAGGAUUGAUGUCCCUGUUAUGUCAUAAGAGCUUUGUUUAUCAAACUCUGCCAUCAAUGUUUCUUUUCUAGAAACAUAGGAUGGCUCAGGGCACUUCAGCCAAGCUGGGUUUAUGCAUAUCUCAAGAACCAAUCUGCUUGCAAACAUCAAUGGAAAAUCAUAAAAAGGCUUAAGAACAUAUUCUCUAAAGGAAUCAGGAAGCCCUGCACUGCCUUUACAUGGUAGCUUCUGGUGAGGCAAUGUUGCCUCCCCAACUGUCAGCUGUAUCUGGAGAACCUCCUUCUUUCCAUCCAUGCCUGUCUGUGAAACUCAACCAGCUUCCUCAGGGUGGCACUGCCUUGGCUGGGUUCAUAUUUGGUGACAAUCGCUCCACACCAGAGGGGUAAUUGGUGGCUGAGGGAGGACUGCAGAUUUCAAGGCAGAGAGAAAGUAGGGCACUAGUGGUGGUCUGCUCUUGGUGACCUGAAUGAAUUCACCAGACUGUCCUCCCACCUCUGCAGGCAGAGGAACUUUUGCCGGUGGACAGUUUCACUACCCUGUGGAAGGGGCACUGGGCACCACAAUCAAAAUUGGAGCUGCAUCUUCUCCUGAGACCCCUCCUACCCAAGGAGGACAACCAGGAAGCCAUGGGGGUGGCAAGACCACCUACUUCUUCCCUCCAAGGCACAUGUGCAGAGCAUCUUCUGGCUAUCCUUAGUGAGGACGUGUCCACAGGGACAUUUUUCCUGGAGCUUCAGGAGAGCAGGACUAUGAAGAUGUCCUCUUGGGCAGGGCGUACCUGGAUGACGCUGCACACUAAGGUCUUCCCAAUCGUAUUCUCCAGCUUAGUCUGCAGGGAAGGUGAUCAGGGCACAAGGACAUUUAUUGCAUUUUAAAAACAUUUGAAGAUGACACAUGUGACAAGCCUGGGGUUUUUGGUUAUACAGGUCACACAGAGUGUUGAAGUUUGGAAAUAAUCUUGGAUGCCAAUGAGUUUGCAAAUGGAAGAGCUUCUAGAUUUAGACAGUCUUUAGGCUUUGUUGUGCUGGAGGCUCAGGUCUAGUCCUAACACAGUGUCCAAAUGCCACCACUGGUGGGACGGAAAGGACAUUCUUUGCACAGCUCAUUGCAGAGCUGGGUGCCUCGUGCAGCCCCCUUCAAAAUCAAUAGAGCUCAGGGACUGUUUGGUUUCACUAUAAUUUAGUAAGUAUUUUUUGAAUGUUCUCCAAAACUACCUAACUCUUUUAGGGGUGGACCACUCUUGUCUGACAUCUUGUAUGAAAACUAUUUAUUUAACUAAACCCAUCUUAUAUUUGUAACCAGAGAGGACUGUGCAUUAUGCUGUGUUUUGCAGCAUGAUUCAGUGUUCAUGAUUCCCCCUUCCAUUGUGGUUUCUUCCAUUGAUCACCCCACAAUUAAUACAAUUUAUGGAUUCAGA